AUGAGGAAUUAUCUUAAUACUUCUGCACCUGAAUCUUAUUCAUAUGUUUUGGUAUCCAUGAAAUUUACUUUUCCUGCUUUGAGCAUGAAUAAUUGUAAUUUAGAAAAAAAAAAUGUAAUUGAAAUCCGACAAAAUUGUGGAAAAGACGUAAAAUUCUGGAGCUUUUAUGCAUUUUCUUGGCGACACGAGGUUGGCACUGAAUUCACAACACGUGCAUUUAGUAGAGCACGUCGAGAUCGAUCUGGGGAGAUGCGUCUUGUUCUUGAAGUUCACUCCUGA